GGUUUCCGGGGGAGGAGGGCGGAGAAGGACUUGCGCGCGACGGUUCUCACCGCUGCUAUGGAGGCGCUGGCCAUGGGUUCCCGGGCGCUGCGGCUCUGGCGGGUCGCACCCGGUGGCGGGAUCAGCUGGAACCCUGUCGAACCGACCACUUUGUUCACCUUCCCAAUGACUCUAGUCCAGUUUUGACUCCGUUUCCUGGUUACUUUUUGCCCCUUAUUGUAAAGCACCGAUUGGAAACACGACACAGGAAAUUGGUGGGAAAUAGCGAUCUGAUGUGAAAGAGCCAAAUUUAAAAGUAGAGGAUUUAUAGCAACAUCGCCAGCUUCUCAGCUGUCACCGUCAGAAUUGACAGAAAUGCGGAAUGAUCUCUUUAAUAAAGAGAAAGCCAGGCAGUUAUCAUUAACUCCCCGAACUGAGAAGAUAGAAGUUAAGCAUGUUGGGAAAACUGACCCCGGUACUGUCUUCGUGAUGAAUAAAAACAUUUCAACUCCCUACAGUUGUGCCAUGCAUUUAAGCGAGUGGUAUUGCAGGAAGUCCAUUCUGGCUCUGGUGGAUGGACAGCCUUGGGACAUGUAUAAGCCUUUAACAAAGUCCUGUGAAAUUAAAUUUCUUACUUUCAAAGAUCGUGAUCCAGGAGAAGUGAAUAAGGCAUAUUGGCGUUCCUGUGCUAUGAUGAUGGGCUAUGUGAUAGAGAGGGCAUUCAAAGAUGAAUAUAUGGUCAAUUUGGUCAGAGCUCCAGAAGUUCCUGUAAUUUCUGGUGCCUUCUGUUAUGACGUAGUUUUGGAUAGCAAACUUGAUGAGUGGAUGCCAACAAAAGAGAACUUACGUUCCUUCACAAAGGAUGCUCAUGCUUUAAUUUAUAAAGAUCUUCCAUUUGAAACUCUGGAAGUUGAAGCAAAAGUGGCAUUGGAAAUAUUUCAACACAGCAAGUACAAAAUAGAUUUCAUAGAAGAGAAGGCAUCUCAGAACCCUGAGAGAAUAGUCAAGCUACACAGAAUAGGUGACUUCAUUGAUGUGAGUGAGGGCCCUCUUAUUCCAAGAACAAGUAUUUGUUUCCAGUAUGAAGUGUCAGCAGUUCACAAUCUUCAACCCACCCAGCCAAGUCUCAUACGAAGAUUCCAGGGUGUGUCUUUACCUGUUCACUUAAGAGCACAUUUUACAAUAUGGGAUAAGCUAUUGGAAAGAUCUCGGAAAAUGAAGCUCAAUCUAGAAGAGACGAUAAUGUAUACACAAGUAAGAAACCAAACGUGGGGCACAAUGUGAAGCACGUUUAUGGAGGAGCUAUAAUCUGCUUUGGGAGUAUGGAGGAGAAAGAUCACUUCUGGCUGUAACCCUUUUUGGAGUUCUUUUACUAUGUGCUUGGCCUGGAUUAAGGGAGCACAUUGCUGAGCUGCCAGCAUUUGAGAAAGGACAGAAUUUUCCUAAGUGGAGACUGGGUAUGAUUGUUGAAGCCUUGCAGCACAGGUGAGAGGGUGAGAUGGGAUGGCAGUGACAUUUGUGGCUGUCUCAUUAGUCAACGCACUCCUUGCAAAGCAAGAACUGGCACCCAAUUCCUUCUCAUUGAUUUUCCCUCUCUGUUGCACUAGGCAGCAGCUGAUAGAUUGGGGUUAGUAUCAGGUCAUUGGUUGGUUGCAGCUUGUGGUAGAACAUAGGGCAGCUGGUUUUGGAGUGGUGGGUCGGGGGAGCGGGGGAAGUCAGGUGUAUUUUAUUGAGGUGGUUAGGAUGGUUUUGGUGAUGAGAGAUGAUGAAACUUCAUUGGAAUUUCAUUGCUGCUUAUCUCCAGAGAGGUCAACCACAAGACAUCUCUUAUCACUUAGCCUAUGUUGCAGACUCUCAUUACAGGGUGAAUAGUGUGUAAACAGAUCCAUAUGUUGCAGGAUUUCUGCUGAGCACCAUUCCUAGUAGCCACAUCAACAGUAGCAUCGUAUAUAAAACCACUACUUCCUCAGAGUUGGUUUAGGAACCACCCGAAUCUGAACUACCUGGUCAGCCUGUUAAAAAUGUAGUGUCCUCAGCUCCAUUACAGUAUUAGAAUCUCUGGGAGUGGGAGCCUGGGAGCUUGGGAACAUGCAUCUUGACAAGCUUCCCAGGUGAGAAUCCUUUGAUCUUCAGUUAUAUGUAGAACUUUUCACUGUGAUGAACUUUUAUUUACCAAAAAUCAUUUCUUUCAGCUUAGUGGUAUAGUGAAAAUGAAAUGUUCACUGUAUUUAAACUCAUUUCUGUUUUUAGACUUGGACUUAGAAAACUAAUGGUGUGAUUAAGUCAGUAAACAUUUGAAAGGGAUAUGAAUAUGUAAGAUGGUGUUUCAUCCCUCAAGGAUAUCACUUCUUCUAUUGCAGUCAUUUAUACCCCAAAGUAAAUAAGGAUAUACUAUGUUAAGUGCUAGUGAACUGGGAAAUCCCUGAGCAUUACAGAGAAGGGCGGAAGAGUGACUGAAUAUAGAGAAGACACCAUUGUGAUGACAUUUGAGGAACCCACCUAAAAAAUUCCAGUACUUGUAUGUCUUAGAUGAAUGAAGACUAAUACUAGUACACUUAGAUUUGUUAAAACACUACAGUAACAGGCCGGGUGUGGUGGCUCACACCUGUAAUCCCAGCACUUUGGGAGGCUGAGAUGGAUGGAUCACCUGAGGUCAGGAGUUCGAGACCAGCCUGGCCAACAUGGUGAAACCCCGUCUCUACUUAAAAUACAAAAAAUUAGCUGGGCGUGGUGGUAUGCACCUGUAAUCCCAACCACUGGGGAGGCUGAGGCAGGAGAAUCACUUGAACCCGGGAGGCAGAGGUUGCAGUGAGCCAAGAUCAUGCCAUUGCACUCCAGACUGGGGGACAAGAGCUAGACUUUGUCUCAAAAAAAAAACCACCAAAAACCAAAACCAAA